GGGACUUGCCACUAGUUAGAGCUUGAAGUUCACAACAAGCCGCAGUCUUGGCUGAUAAGCAUGCGAUUUGCCUAUGUCGUAACUGAUCAUUGAUGAUCGGCUGUAGCUGGAGAUGUAACAGUGGAGAAGAAAGAUUUUGGCUGGAAGAAAGAAUGUAUUCCACUUCACGGCAGCUAUGCACUGGGGAGAGGCGUGCUGAUUUUGUGAAGUAUUGCACUGUUGCCGCUCUUUAGCACAAAUUGCACGGUGAAUAGGGUGAGCAGAUAGGUUCUUACAGAGAAAUUGCUGAGCUAGUGUAAGCUGUGGAAGUCAUUGCUGAAGAACGAAAAUACCUCUACAAUGGCAAAGGCAGACAGAAUGGCACCACAGCACCAGCUUCCCGAUUCGGAGUCAGAUUCUGAUCCGGAGGACGAGCAAGCCGUGAGCGGUGGAACAGGACAACCUACUGGGUCCAUUCUGCGCAGCCAGGUUAUCCACAGUGGCCACUUCAUGGUGUCGUCUCCGCACAGUGAUUCUUCCUCACGGAGGAGAAAGAGUGGGGCCUCAGCGGGUUAUGACUUUGAUACUGUCAACAGGACGUGGUGUCAGACUUACAAGUACGGACCACGAAGUUCUGGAAGUCUCAGCAUUGAUCCAACGCUGACCCGGUUAUUUGAGUGCAUGACCCUGGCAUACAGUGGAAAAAUUGUCUCCCCAAAGUGGAAGAAUUUCAAAGGGCUCAGACUACUUUGGCGGGAUAAAAUUCGACUGAACAAUGGGAUAUGGAGAGCCUGGUACAUACAAUAUGUGGAGAAGAGGAAGAACCCUGUCUGUGGCUUUGUCACGCCUCUGGAGGGCUCAGAGGCAGACGCCCAUCGCAAACCCGAGGCUAUCAUUUUGGAAGGCAGCUACUGGAAGCGCAGGAUUGAAGUAGUUAUAAAAGAAUACCACAAAUGGAGAAUAUACUACAAGAAAAGGCUUCAGAAAAAUAAAGAUGGUAUCUUGUCAAUGUUGCAGCAGGGACAGAUAUACCGAGGAGGCUUGGAGAAAUGGUCCAGUCAGAUGUUCCAGGAGCCCAAGCCCAUGCCAGAGGAAAGUCAUAUGUUUGAUCUGGACUGCUUCCUGUCUGACAUUUCAGACACCUUGUUCACCAUGACCCAGAAGCCCUGCCCCUGGGCUGGAGAUCGACACAAGACCUACACCAGCAAUGCUGAUAUGAUCCAGCCAGGCCUUACACCCCUGCAGCCCAACCUGGAUGACUUCAUGGACAUUCCAGACAUUUUUAUGAGCCACCGCGGUCAGCCUGUAGACCAGGCAGGUUAUGCAGAGUUUGGGUAUUUCGGAAGCGUGUCUGGGAGUGCCUUCUCCACAGUGUCUGCCGGGCCUCUGCUGCAUCCCGACAGUCAACUGACACAGGGUGACCUUCCUGCCGACAGCAGCGGUAGAAUGUCUCAGCCGUCCGCGUCCGAGGCCCUGCCAGACCCAGGCUAUCACAGGCAGCCUUUGACCUCAGACAUGGCCUUCAACCCCAGCAGUAUCACCUCUGAGCCUAAAUACAAAGGACAGUUGGACUACGGCCCACAUGAUGAAUACCAGGCUGCCAGCCUGGUCGCUGGAGCGGUACCGUACGGACAGCAGCCUUACACAAACACCACCACCAUGGCCUCUACAAACAUACCCCCUGUCCUGGAGGACACUCCCUUCUUGUAUCCUGCUCCCUGCCACAAGUACAGGUACAACUCGCCCGCGACGUCCACCGUCAUCACUCACACGGGCUCCAUGAUCAACGACCCCCAGGCGCACAGCUACCCCGCCCCAGAGAUGUACCCUCCGCCCCCCUGCGUGCCAGCGGGGUACCCACCCCUGCCCAGUGGCCAGACCACCCUGGCCCCGCACAGCGUGCACCACGGCUUCCCCGCACCUCAGCCCACGGAUGUGGGCGGCAGAGGAAAGUACAAGCAGAAGACAUCUGGGGUCAAGACGGUCACCUCAGCCUCUCCUACUUCCCCUCUACAGACCAGCUGCUUAGCUAAGCUGCUUUCCACAGGCACACAGGAACGUAAACCAGCACCAGCAUUUGAUCCUACAUUAGCUGAAGGAAAGGGUCACCGUUCAAUCUCUCCCAAUUCUCCACAGAGCUGCAGCAUGAAUGUUGGUGGGUCCUCAGCGCAGAGGCAGCAUACCACUUCCCGAAACCCCGGAAUCCCACUGCUAACACCACUGCACUGCCAAACUGCUCUUGCGCCCCCCAUAGGGCCCCUCGCUGGCUCUUCACAUGGCUCUGCUGUGUCUGCCCUGCUAAUGCAGGGAUCCCUGCCUGUGUGCACCCCCCUCCUUGUCCCCAAGACGGAGAAGCUUUCUCCAAUCCAGAUCUACAGCGGUGACCAACCCAGUUUAAUAGGUUUCCCAGGAAACUCUGACCAGAUAUCCCCAACAAAUCCCAUAGAGAAGAAUUCCAACCCACAGUCACCACACUCCUUCCCUGGGCCAGCCAAGAUGGAGCCAACCAAGACUGAGACCAGAAGAAUAACUCACAUCUCAGCAGAGCAGAAAAGACGUUUCAAUAUCAAGCUGGGCUUUGACACACUGCACAGUCUGGUAACGACACUGAGCUCACAGCCCAGCAUCAAGAUCAGUAAGGCCACCACUCUGCAGAAGACAGCUGAGUACAUCAGCAAGAUGCAGCAGGAGCGGGCCCAGCUGCACGAAGAGGCCCAGCGGCUGCGGGAGGAGAUCGUAGGCCUCAACUCCGCCAUCAACAUGUGCCAGCAGCAACUCCCUGCCACGGGGGUGCCAAUCACACGCCAGCGUUUCGACCACAUGAGAGAGAUGUUCCGGGACUACGUCCGAGCGCAGACGCUGCAGAACUGGAAAUUCUGGAUCUUCAGCAUCAUCAUCGAGCCCCUGUUUGAGUCCUACAAUGGGAUGGUGUCCACGGCCAGCCUGGAGGACCUAUGCCGCACCACUCUGUCCUGGCUGGACCAGCACUGUUCGCUCCCAGCUCUGAGGCCCACUGUCCUCAGUUCACUCCGCCUCCUCAGCACCUCCACCUCCAUCUUGACUGACCCCAGCCUCGUCCCCGAGCAGGCCACGCGGGCCGUCACCCAGACCCACCCCUCUCACGGUUAUUCCUAGCAAACGUGCCUUUCGUGUGGACCGCGGGGCCCCCCUGGCAGACGCCGCCGUCGGGCUGCUCGUGUCGGUGGCCUUCAUAUUUUGCAUCAUCAGAGUCUGUCUGUCACGAGGGGACCCGCGUGCACUGCAUGGCUGAGGGGUUCCAGUCAUCAGUUCAGUGACUGGACUGGAAGAAGUUGCGGUGAUGGAGCUUCGGGUUCAACAAAGCUGGGAAUGAGCUUUCAUAGUGAAGCGCAAAGAGUGCGACCCCUUGAUUAGUGCUGAUACAGUGGCUUUGAUAACGCACAGCUGCAAGUACACAGCUCACCACUGAGACCUUUGAGACUGGCUGAUGGCUGCUGGAAGAAGCUGGCCACAGGUAAUUUCAUCUUCCGCAGGUCCUCCCAGCUGAAAAACAUACUCCCCAACAUUCCAAACGGCUAUCUCCCAUUGUUAAAGGAAUGCUCCUGAACUGAUGGAACCCUACCCUGUGUGUGUUUAAAUAGACAAUUUUACAACCCAUCCUAUGAAUGUACAAGAAAGGAAUAGAUCCUACAGGAGUAAUGAAAGAGAUUUAUCAACAGACAGUAUACUGUUAUUAUAUGUGGUAUUGUUGUCCUCUGUUUUACUGGCAGAGUAACACUUAAUUUUAACAGAAAGGUAUUUAACUCUGUGAAUGAAUGUGUACCUCAGCUUAUUACUAAAAUGCAUAUAUGGAAGUGCAAAACUGAUACAUUGAUAUGUGAAGUUAGAGUUUAAUUAUCUAUUAAAUAUCCUUGUAAAAACAUUUUUGUAAUCAAUGCUGUUUAUUUUAGAUAGGAGUUUCAGGGUAUUGUCCCAAAUUCUAAACAUUUUCUCAGAAGAAAAAUCACAGUAUGAAUUACUAUUUGAACAUUGCUUGAGCUGGAUAAAUUAGUAUUAUUCACAGUUCUGACAUAAUAAUGAUAAUAUACAAUGUUACACACCUGGAAAA